GUGACCACAAGCCCAACCUAGAACCAAUGCCGUUGAUGAAAACUUCGCCACCGCAGCCACUGCGCCGCCCUAGCCUUGUAUGCUACAUUUUUCUCGUCAUACUAACUCUAAUCUUCAUGGUAGCUGUAGGUUUUCUCAUUACCUGGCUUGUAACCAAACCCAAGAAACUUCAUUACACGGUUGAAAACGCCUCGGUUAGAAACUUUAACCUUACCAACGACAAUCACAUGUCAGCUACAUUCAAAUUCACCAUCCAAUCGCACAACCCUAACCCCAGAAUCUCGGUUUACUACAGUUCCGUCGAGAUAUUCGUUAAAUUCAAGGACCAGACACUUGCGUUCGACACGAUGGAGCCGUUUCACCAACCGCGGAUGAACGUUAAGCAGAUUGAUGAAACGUUGAUUGCGGAAAACGUUGCCGUUUCCAAAUCCAAUGGUAAGGAUUUGAGGUCUCAAACUUCGUUGGGAAAGAUUGAGUUUGAAGUUUUUGUUAAGGCGAGGGUUAGAUUUAAAGUGGGGAUAUGGAAGUCAUCACAUCGUACGGCUAAGAUUGAGUGUUCUCAUGUCACUGUCUCUUUGUCGCAGCCAAACCAGUCCCAAAAUAGUUCGUGUGAUGCUGAUAUAUGAUUAGUAAGUUUGCAUUGUCAGUUCAUUGAUCGUGUUGUCCGCAACAGGUUAUGCUCCAUCAAGAGUCAUGGUAACUCGAAUCUUGAAGAUGGACUGCGUUUAUUUUCAG